GCAUACGUUCUGCACUGUACGCAGUCCCGAUUGUAUUCGAAUUCGGAUGGUUCAGCCCGUAUGUACAAUGAAAAUAAUAAAUACUCAGGACACAAGGACCACGUAGGAAACAAUCGAUCAUCACGGCGCAUCGAUAGGAGAGACGAGAUGAACCCCAUCUGCCACCGCCGCCGCCCCGAGCUGCCGCCGCCGGCGAAGACGACCCCGACGGACGAUGAAAACCUCCUCGCCGAGAUACUCCUCCGCCUCCCUCCGCAGCCUUCGUCCCUCCCCCGCGCCUCCCUCGUCUGCAAGCAGUGGCGCCACCUCAUCGCCGAUCCCCAAUUCCUCCGCCGCUUCUGCGCCCACCACCGGGAGCCCCCCAUCAUCGGAGUGUUCCUGGACUUCUACCGCGGAGACCUCUCCUUCAGGUCGGUCCUGGACCGGCCGGACCGCAUCCCGUCCGAGCGCUUCUCCGUGCGGUUCGACAAUAUCGAAGGCGGCGGCGGCGAUGGCAUCUGGUCCUUCCGCCGCUGCCGCCACGGCCGCGUGCUCUUCACCAGAGGGGAUCGCCUAGGCAGGGGCUGCCUCCAGAUCUUGGUGUGGGAUCCCGUCACAGGCGACCGCCGCUUCAUAGGCAGUCCACCGCAGUUGGACCACGACUGGAGCAAGUCACAUGUGCAAGCGGAUGUGCUCUGUGUUGCCGGCGACGAGGACCACGUGCACGGCAGCUGCCACUCGAGCCCCUUCAAGGUCGUCUUGGUGUCCGCCGACAAGCUCGUCGCGCGAGCCUGCGUCUACUCAUCGGAAACCAACUCAUGGGGCGAUCUCAUAUCGACCGAUGUUCCGUAUCACACCAUGUCUUGUGUUGGAAGCCGAAGCAUCCUGGUUCGGAAUUCCCUCCACUGGUUUAUUUUUGGUACUCAGACUGGCAUCCUUGAGCUUGAUUUGGAUACGCAGACCCUAGCUGUUGUAGAGGUGCCACCGGAUGCCCAUGCUAGUCAUCACGGCCUCUACUUGAGUACGCUGGGCGGUGGGCUUGGCUUCAUCGUUGUGUCAGACAACUUCGUAGCUUAUCUAUGGGUGAGGGCGACUGUUCUUGGUGGAGUUGCUGGAUGGAUGCCGGCACAAGCAAUUGACUUGAACAAGCUUCUUCCGCUGAGACCAGGCGAGUGGACAAAUCUUCAAACGGUGUUGGGGGUUGCUGGAGAUGAUAAUGUGAUAUUUGUGUCAACAAAUGGAGGCGUCUUCAUGGUCCAUCUUGAGUCAUUGCAGUUUAAGAAGAUCUUUGAAAGCAAUCCUUUCGCCGAAUGUACCACUUCCACUAUCCACCCAUUCACUAGUUUUGUACAAGGAGUAUAACAGGCAUGUAGUUUACUGUACAAUUUUGAUACCAAACGAUUUCAAUAGUUUUUUGGGCUGGUGAUGAACUCAUAACAGUGUUUUUUUAAAUAUUUUUGUUCAUGAGGAGUACUAGACAUUACGUAUGCUCGUCUA